AUGUCUGGGCCUUCGCCAGAGCAAGCGCUCGCUCUCCUCGCCCAAGCCAACAACCACGGCGAUUUGGCCGUAAAGCUAUCUUCUUUGAGACAGGCCAAAGAUAUCUUGGUUUCCGUAGAGCCUUCUCUUGCCGCCGAACUUUUCCCCUAUCUGCUCGAACUCCAGUACUCUCCCGAAACCCUCGUCCGGAAAUCCCUCGUCGAGGCGGUGGAGGAGAUCGGGUUGAAAGCAAUGGAACACUCUUCAGUAUUAAUGCCAGUUCUAUUGGCGUCUUUAAACGAUAAUGAUUCUAUUGUUGCCAAACAAUCCAUUGUCAGCGGCACCAACAUUUUUUGUUUCGUUUUGGAGGAGUUGUCAUUGCAGUUUCACCGGCGCGGUAUAGUUGAGAGGUGGCUUGAAGAGCUUUGGACGUGGAUGCUUAAGUUCAAGGAUGUUGUUUUUGGCAUUCUGUGGGAGGCUAGUUCUACUGGUAAGAAGCUGCUGGCUUUGAAGUUUUUGGAGACGUGUGUUUUACUUUUUACAUCUGACAGCAUUGAUUCUAAAAAAUCUGCCAAAGAAGGUACAACAAUAAGUGGUCGGACUUUUAACAUGUCAUGGUUGGUUGGUGGUCACCCUGUCCUGGAUCCAGUUGCACUGACGGCAGAAGCAAAUAGAUCUCUUGGCAUCCUACUGGAUUUGUUACGAUCAGCCAGUAGUCUGCCUGGGCCACUGACAAUAUCUGUUGUUAACUGUCUUGCAGCCAUUGGAAGGAAGAGGCCACUCUACUACGAAUCAGUUCUCUCUGCACUACUUGAUUUUGAACCAAACUUUGAGGCAGAGAAGGGAGGUCAUUUGGGCAGUAUUCAGUACUCUAUAAGAACUGCAAUGUUGGGGUUCCUUAGGUGUACUUAUCCUUCCAUUAUGGAGUCAAGAGAUAGAUUGCUAAGGACACUGCGUGGAAUCAAUGCUGGGGAUGCGGCAGAUCAAGUUAUUCGACAAGUUGAUAAAAUGAUGAAAAAUUAUGAGCGUGCUUCUCGUGAUGCGCGGUUCGCCGAGGACGAUCAGCUACCAAGUCAGCUCCCUAUGUUAGGGGAUGCUAUUAGAAAACGGCCUAUGCCUCUGGAAAAUGAAGAGCCAAACAACGGUUAUGAUGUGGCUUCCAAAAGAAUUCGUCGUGGUCCUAACAGUCAGUCUGAUCCACCAGGUCAAAAAAGUGAUUUGGUGCAGGAUUUUGCUGGUAAUGGAGUAUCUUCCAAGGUUCCUUUGUUGGAUGGUGGGUUGACUCCUGUUGAACAAAUGAUUGCCAUGAUUGGUGCUUUAAUUGCUGAAGGAGAAAGAGGCGCUGAGUCACUUAAACUUCUGAUAUCACAAAUCCAUCCGGAUUUGCUAGCUGAUAUUGUUAUAACUAACAUGAAGCACUUGCCGAAAAACCCUCCACCACUUAUCAGACUUAGUACCUCUUCAGGAAGUCAACAAAGUGGUUCAAGUGGUCAAUCAUCUGAUGUGGUACCAGUAAUUUCCACAGCUUCUACUGAGUCUCAAGUGCUUGUACCACAAACACCUUCAUUUUCCUCUAACACUACCUCAAUAUCAGACAUGUCUACAUCCAUUAGCCUCCCAGCAGAUUCUAAACGCGAUCCAAGAAGGGAUCCGCGCCGCCUUGACCCACGGCGUGUGGCAUUACCCGUUGAAGUGCCACCACCACCUAUAGUGGAGGACACAAGUUACAUGAAAUCGGAGUUUGUUGAUUCAAUACCUGCGGUCACAAGUGUUGAAAAUAUUUCAGUGUCUUUGAUGCCCAGACUGGAAGCAGACCUGCAAAUAUUCCAAAGUCCAAUAGUUUCUAAUCAACCACCUCUAAAGGAGGAGGUUAUGGAUUUAGAUGUCAAGGACAAUGUCCCUGUCCUUGACGUCAAUACUGGCUUAGAUCCUCUACUUUCUCCUGUUCGUGAAGUUGAUGAGGAGUUAGUGGAAGUUAAGGCAUCAGAUAUUGGAUUAACUGAAGAGGCUCAUAUUUCAUCUUUAAUGCAAAGCGACCAACUUUCGCCAGAUGCUUCAAACACAACUGUAUGUGAAGAGGCCUAUCCAGAUUUACCUGUCCUACCAUCAUACAUUGAGCUGACAGAAGAACAACAAAGGAAUGUGAGAAAGCUUGCUGUUGAACGGAUUAUAGAUUCAUACAAAGAUUUACAAGGGACAGAUUGUAGCCAGACACGCAUGGCACUGCUUGCUCGAUUGGUUGCUCAGAUUGAUGCUGAUGAUGAAGUGGUUUUGAUGAUGCAAAAACAUAUCGUCUCAGAUUACCAAUACCAGAAGGGGCACGAGUUUGUGAUGCAUGUCGUGUACCACCUGCAUACUCUCAUGGUCUCUGAUUCAGUUGAACAGUCCUCAUUUGCGGCUGUUAUAUACGAAAAAUUCCUCCUGGGAGUGGCAAGAUCAUUGUUGGAUGCUUUGCCAACUACUGACAAAUCUUUUAGUCGACUUCUGGGUGAAGUUCCACUUUUGCCUGAUUCAGCAUUGGAACUGUUGGACAAUUUAUGCUACUCUGAUUAUCAGCAUGGAAAAGAUGGUCAUGAUGGUGAUCGUGUGACCCAGGGCCUUGGUGCUGUGUGGAGCUUGAUUUUGGGGCGUCCACUUAAUCGGCAGGCUUGCUUAGACAUUGCUUUGAAGUGUGCUGUUCAUUCACAAGACGACAUUCGUGCAAAAGCUAUCAGACUGGUGGCCAACAAACUCUUUGUCCUUAAUUAUAUUUCAGAAGAUAUUGAGCGAUUUGCUGCGAAUAUGUUGUUGUCGGCUGUUGAUCAGCAUGUUUCGGAUAUAAAGCUUGCACCAUCUGUGUCCACUGAGCAAAGAACAGAAGGGGAGAGAGGAAGUCAGGAAACAUCCAUUAGUGGUUCUCAGUUUUCAGAGCCUGGAACAUCUGAAAAUGACCCCAUGACGGGUGCACAAUCUGAUUCGUCAGUUUCCUUUGCUGAAGCCCAACGCCUUAUUUCCUUGUUUUUUGCUUUAUGUAUAAAGAAACCUUGUCUUAUUCAACUUGUAUUCGAUAACUAUUCUCGAGCUCCUAAGGCGGUUAAGCAGGCCAUCCAUCGCCACAUUCCAAUUCUUAUGCGGGCCCUUGGGUCCUCAUAUUCUGACUUGCUUCACAUAAUAUCUGAUCCACCACAUGGAUGUGAAAAUCUUCUGACUCAGGUGCUACAUAUUUUGUCUGAGGGGUCGAUGCCUUCGGCUGAUCUGAUUGCCACAGUUAAACACUUAUAUGAAACUAAGCUACAGGAUCCUGCAAUUCUUAUUCCAAUACUAUCGUCAUUGUCCAAAACUGAGGUUUUACCUAUUUUUCCUCGGCUUUUGGAACUUCCGUCAGAUAAGUUUCAGACAGCACUUGCUCACAUACUACAGGGUUCAGCACAUACUGGUCCAGCAUUGACACCAGCUGAAGUUUUGGUUGCUAUCCAUGGCAUUAAUCCCGAGAAAGACAGGCUUUCACUUAAAAAGAUUACAGAUGUUUGCUCAGCUUGCUUUGAGCAGCGCACAGUUUUCACACAGCAGGUCUUGGCAAAGGCCUUGAACCAAAUGGUUGACCAAACCCCUUUACCUCUUCUCUUCAUGAGGACAGUAAUUCAAGCAAUUGAUGCUUUUCCCUCACUGGUUGAUUUUGUCAUGGAAAUACUUUCCAAGCUUGUCAGUAAACAGAUUUGGAGAAUGCCAAAAUUAUGGGUUGGGUUUCUAAAAUGUGUCUCUCAGACACAACCACAUUCUUUUCAUGUCCUAUUACAGUUACCACCACAACAGCUUGAAAGUGCUCUCAACAAGUAUGCUAGUCUCAGAGGUUCCCUUGCUGCUUAUGCCAGACAACCUAGUAUAAGGACGUCCCUGCCUAGGUCGGUGCUCGUACUUCUCGGCCUUGCAAAUGAAACCCAUGUUCAUCAACCCCAUCCGUUACCUUCUCUGCAUGCUUCAGACACAGGUUCUUCAGUUCAAGGCGCAGCACUAAUAUGAUAAAACAGAAGUCCUCGGGAUUUGAGAAAUUUCCCAAGCACAGUAGCACACCGUAUUAAUUAACUCAAGCCCAUACCAUGGUUCCAUAGCCCCCGAGGGAAUCACAGCGGAGUCAUUUUAAUACCAUGGUUCCGUAGCCCUAGAAGGAAUCCCAGUGCAGUCAUUUUACCGCGGUGAUCACUGGAAUCUGGAUAAAGUAUAAAUAGGGGUUUGUGACAAGUGGGAAAGGAUUUGAGGCAAGAAUUGCCGCCACAAGAAGCUUUCUUCGGUAGCUGCAGCUCUAGUGUUGUAAUAUAGUCGUUUAUUCCCUUCUCUUUCCGGCCUUAUUAUUAUUAUUAUUAUUAUUUUUUUUUUUUUUGCAAUUUUUUUCUACUUUGGUCCGAUUUUCAGCUUGGUGUAGCUUUUUCGGGAUUUUGAAUGUGUUAUUCAAAAGUGCGUUGGUUUUUUCCCCAAAAGAGUAGUUAGAAGUGUCCAACCCGAUAGUUCCUCUUCAGUUUUUAGGCUUGGUAUUGUGGCUCAUAUUGUAUUCAUAUUGGAGAGCAGGAGAUGCAUUUGGCCCCAACAUAAAAACAAUUGUUUUUUAUUUUUAUUUUUUAUUGGUGUUAUGGGCAAAA